AUGAUACGAUUAAGCUUCACCGUUCUUUUGAAAGCAUGCCUUGGGCUGGACGACAAUAGCGGUGCCGAUGCGGCGAGCCCAAUUAACAAUGCCGCAAAAACGCAUCUUGAAGCAUUCUUCAACAUGAUUUCAAGAAAUCCCGACAUCCGUAGAGGAGGAAGGAAAUCCCUUGUCUCUUUCCAUGCAAGCCAUCAAGGAAUCCAGUCAGUCAUGGAAAGCCUGGUGAAAUAUCGAAGGGACCACCCUUCAUCUAAGAAAGAUCUUCUUUCUUCUAUGCUAAGCUCACAGGAUGCGCAUAUGCUAUCUAAUGAGGAGAUAGAAAGCAACUUGUUUCUUUUCAUGUUUGCCGGCCAUGAGACAACCGCGAACACACUUGUCUACAUGAUUUAUCUUCUGGCCGUCUUUCCUGAAUGGCAAACUUGGGUCGUCCAGGAAAUCGAUCAGAUAUUCUCCGAUGUGCCAUUAGAUAAUAAAAUGCCUUACAAGGACAUUUUCAAUCGACUUACUCGGUUGAAAGCAGUUAUGCAUGAAACUCUCCGACUCUACGGCCCGGUCGGGAAUCUCCUCCGAAGGACAUCUCCUGACCAUGAUCAAACUAUCUCCCGCAUCGACGGAUCAGAAAUUUUGAUUCCGGCAAAUACUCUCGUCAAUAUAAUAACGACGGCUCUGCACACUCAUCCAGAUUACUGGGGCCCAGAAGCCCUCUCAUGGAAGCCUGAUCGAUGGUUGAGUAGCGAUGAACUCGACAGUGAAAAAGUAGAUCAUCUUUUCGCAUGGGCCGAAGGUCCUCGAGCAUGCCCAGGAAGGAAGUUCUCCCAGCUUGGAACUCUCGCCGUCCUUGUCACUCUACUGCAUCAAUCGUCGGUUCACAUUGUACCCAAACCGGGCGUGAGCCUUGAAGAAGCCCAGUCAGAGGCCUUGGAGGUAUUGCAGAAUAGUCGAUCUCUUCUUACAUUGCAUAUAGAGCAGCCGCAGAAGAUUCAUGUUAGAUGGUGCCCGCGAAUAUAA